CUGCCGGUUUCCAUUACAUGUAGUAUGAUGUACAUGCAUACAUGAUGCCACAUCACGUUUUUUCAAAGAUAUAUUUUAAAGCAAUUUCUUGUCGAAUAUUAUUCAACUUGGUACCAAAAGAAAAAGUAUUUUCACAGGUUCGUUUGUGUAUUUGAUUAUGUUAUUGCUGAGAAACGUUUUUAUUUACUGAUGAUGUUUUUGUUGCUAUAUAUUUUUCCAUCUAAUAAAACCUAAAAAAUAUUAUAUUUGUACAUAUCAAUAGUAGCCAAUGACUGAACAAUACAAAUACACUAGAAAAAAAGAAGAUAAGUGAUAGAUCUAUAUGUGUUGGUUAAUGCUCUGAAGCCAGUGAAGGAGAUAAGCUUCAACAUAAUAUUGUACUGCAAAAAAAAGAUUUUUAUAGGAUAUAUAUAUAGCAAAAUUGGGUAGGUGAUAGGCGAUACAUAUUUUUGGCCAUGGAAAGAAUUGCAAACAAAUAUCCAGUCCCCUCAGUCAUAAAAAUUACAGUGAGUAUUUAUGCUCCCUGUAUAUAUUUGGUAGAGAAUAAGCACCAGCUACAUGUACAUGUAUGUGUUUCUUCCAAAAUAUGUUUCUCAAACAUAUUCUUUAUUUAUACUUACUGUUUUUAUUUCCUCGAAUACUUCACAUCAUUAUAUACUUUUUAAACAUUCAUUUUAAACAAAAAUAAGGAGAUGUGAUAUGAUUGCUAAUGCCAUGAGACAUUACUAUCCAAUGCCUUGUACAUUUUAAUUCAAUAAAUGUAAUUUUAGAAUACUCAAAUAUCAUUUUGUAAUUGUAUACUUGAGAACACUUCAUUCUAUUUUUUUUUUUAAUUCAUUUGCAAAAAACACAUUUUUUAUUUUCUUUUGUAGACUAAGAGCAUAUGAUAAAAAUCAGAAUUUCAAAAAUCCUGUUAUCCAUGCUCCAGAGCCAUUGGAGGUAGAAUGGCCUGUUUCAGGGUUUAAACAGUUGAAGAAGGAGCACAAGCUCAUCAUGCCGAAAUUAUCAAGAGAGCAAAUAGAGGCUUAUUUCUUGUAUAGGAUGGCAGAGGACAAUGUGUAUAGUGGUGACCUGCAAUCUAUGACAAAGGGUCAACUGAUGUUUGAAAGCCAUAGAGUUUUAGCGUGUUCUAUUUUAAAAAAUGAUAAUGGGAUAUUUCUUAGUGGUGUGGUAGGAGCAGCUAUGAAGAAAAAGGUAACUUACAACUACAGGUUGAAACUUGAAAAGAGCUCUGGUGAUCCACUGAACUCACAUUGUGAAUGUCCGGCUGGAAGGGGACCACAUGGAUCCUGCAAGCAUGUGGCAGCAGUGCUAAUAAUGAUUAGUGAGUUCAUAGCAACUGGCAAUGUAAAUACAGGAAGGUCGUGUACUGACACUUUAAUGAUGUUUACCAAGCCAAAAUCAUCAUAUAGUGGGUCUCCAGUGAAAGCAGAAAAGUUGCCAACUAAGAGAAAGCUGGCACCAGUUUAUCUUGCUGAUCCUAGACCAAUUAAAUACAGAAACUGCCCAGGUUACAAUGACCACAUCAAAAACACUGUAACAAACUUCUGCAGUGUAUCAUCAAUGGACUUAUCAAUUAGAUACUUGUAUGAAAAAGCUGAUAUUCAGGCAGCAGCCAAAGAUCAUGAUUAUUGUCCCAUGCCUUUUACUGAGCAUUCGGUUGAUAGAGCAAAUAAGGUAUUAAAAACUGGUUCAAUAAAUUUGGAUCACAGUUUGGUAAAAAAUUGAGUUAUCCCCCUUUGUCCUAGAAAUAUACUAAAAAUGUAAAUGCAAGUUACCCAGGAAAAAUGACAUAAGGAUGCAUGAAGUUCAUCAAUCAUUAAUCUGUUGUAUAAAUUUACCUAAUGCUUAACACGACAAAAUAAGAGAGGGUUUUUAAUAUUGUCAUUGAGCUUUCCUAUUAUGUUCUUCAAAAUGCUUUAGAUAUUUUUACUUUGGUAAUGAUUAAAGUCUUAAGGUAGCACUACAGUCAGAAUUUUCUGACUCCAACCAACAGUCUUUAAAGAUUAAUUACUCCAAAACCACUCAAUGGAUUUUUAAAAUCUUUAACUCAUUUUAAAGCUGAAAUAUUACUCUUUCUGAAUCCAAAGAUAAAUUUAUUUUUGGUAUGAUAAAUCUCAAAAUAUAGCUCAUCAAUUGCCAAAAAAGUGGUCUUCCAACUUGGAUGGAAAUGGCACAUUCAGGUCAAAUGGUAGUAAAAAUUUGUUUUCAUCCCUUUAAUCAACCAUAUACAAGCUGCAAAACCUUGUCUCAGAUUUUUGAUAUAUGCCUCCAGUAAGAAGAUAUAUUGAUUUAACUGCUGGGUGCCAAACCUCAUUUCACCUUUCAUCUUUGGAGACCUAUAAAUUCAUUUAGAAACAAAUUAUCCAAAAACUGGGACACGGUAUUGUAGAAAAUACUACCUUUAAUCACAUAUAUCAAAGUCAAACCAAAGGGGGUACCCAUAAAGUUUAUAUUUUUAGUUUUACCUCACAAAUCUCAUGAAAAAUUGUUCUGAGAAAUGACCCUAAAAUGGAAUUUCCCCCUUAGAACCCCUAUAAAUGCAACAUAAAUAAAAAAAAAUCCACUGGGAACACCCCAGGAGUAUUCUGACACCAUUACUUUAUCAAUAGAACCACACACUUUGUCUCUUUGAUGCUCUAAUGCUGUAAAUUUUGCAUUAUGUGUGGCACUGUGCAACACUAACUUGGCAUUUGGCGGGAGUUUGACGUCACAGAUUUGACCAAUAUCUGUGAUGUAGUA